CUCACCUUUGAAUCUGACUGCAUAACACCACAUCAACAAACAAAAGUUCUAAAUUUUCUUUUUGAGCUACAAAAUGUUGUAAAAACUUGAAAAUAUCAAUUGAUUAGUAAAAUUGGUAGUAUAACGGGCUAACUAUUGCGCCUGAUAAAAUAACUGCUUUAAGGACAAUUAAAUAAAACCGAUUGAGAACAUAGUUAGAAAAUGGGCGAACAAGUAACUGUAGACAAGCUUUACCACAAAUCAUGGUUAAAACCACUGGGCUUACCGACACUCCUCUUUGUUCUGUACGUACCUAUUGGAGUCUGCCUUUUGAUAAUCAGAGCAUUCAUUCUCCUACAAUUCUUUCUUUUGGGAUAUGUUCUUCCACCCUCAAAGUUCCGACAAAAAUGUCUUCGAGUAAUGAGCGGUGUAUUGGGAAUUUCCAUUUCGUCCGAAGGGGAAUUAAGCCUGGGAGCAGGAAAAAUUUAUGUUGCGAAUCAUAUUACGAGCUAUGACCAUUUUGUAAUACAUUUAACCACGAAUGCCAUUAUGCCAAAAAAGGAGAAAAUUGCAAGCAUCAUCGCGAAACCGUUCGGUCUAGUUGAAAUGGAUUUCGAGUCUUUUUCCAAGGAACAAAUUGAUUCGUCAAAGGACACCUUUAUCCUAUUCCCCGAAGGAGAAACUACCAACGGCGAAGUUGGCGUUCUGGCUUUCUCUACCGUUCAGGUCCCCGUGGGGGUUACGAUUCAACCAGUUGCGAUCAAAGUGUCCAGACCGUUCCUUAACACGACAGCCGUCAGCGGAAAAGGAGCCUUAGAGUUGCUGAUUCUCCUCUUCAGUCCUAAUACACAUUUUGUUUUAAAAUUCUUGCCACCUCACACUGCAGACGAGGAAGGUGCUUGGAAACAAAACAUGCAAUCGGAAAUUGCUCAAUCCUUAGGGCUAAAAGCAACCAAACUUAAUGCCUCCGACAAAGCCGAAUAUCUCAAAAGAUUGUACUUUCGACCUCCAAGUUUGGCCACCAUGACGCGUGAAGUCCAAAGAAAACUUGCGCCCCAAACUAUUUCCCCAGAAUUAAUAAUUGCCACGCUUCAGAGAACCGGUUCUGUUGAGGCGACCCUGGAAAGCAUUCGUCAAAGCAAUAUCACCGGUGGGAUAAAUCCUCCACCAUCCACAUUUUCGAAAUCCGCGUCCCAAAGAAUGAUGACGUUUCAGGAAAGAAAAAGAAUCAUGAUUGCCACCGCGAGACAGAAAUACAUUGAAAAGCACAACCUGACUAUCCCCCCGUUAUAAAAUCAAUCAAACUCCACUCGUCCACCCCUCCUUCCCCUCAACACACAUCAAACUAAACGGUUAAAAUGGAACUCACCGAAAUACCGAAAUACUUAGACUGAUUUUUUAAGAAGAAGGGAAACAUACAUAGAAAGAAAUCGCCAUAUACAUACAUACGCGUCUUAAAUAAUAAGAAAUGAAAUGACUAUAUAUCUCACUCACUCAAUAUAUUAGUGAAACGAAAACGUUGCUGUUAAUUAAUUGGAAGUAUAAAACGAUUCAUGUUUUCCCUCUCUAUUCAAAAUUAUCAACUUCAGCAGAUUGUUAAUAAUCCUAAUAAGUUUUCGGUGCUCGUGUUGUAGUGGAAGUAGAAAUUGUGUUAUGAUAUUACAUAUUAUUAAUUAUUAUUAACACCCGUGAUGGAUAAUUAAUGAGUUUGUUUCAUUUCUCUUCAUUUAAAAAGUAUUGAGUUGAAUUUUUAAUCCAGGUUAAAAUGUUUAACAAAUCUUCUGAAUAAAUGCAGAAGUUGCAAUAAAAAUC